AGCGCCACAGCAGAGCCCAGCCUGUAAUGAGAUUCAGAGAACUGCACGAGAGCGUCGUACCUGGAUAAACGGGCCGAGGACAGUGCCAACCUCCCGAUAAAGUCCCGGUCGGAUACGGACAGAAAAUAGUCCAGUCGCUGGUAACCGGAGAAAAUAAAGAAACAACAUUAAAAGUGAGUUUAUAAGAACAACCGAAGAGGAUUUACCAAGUGGACACGAGACGUGAGUGGCACCGUGGCAUAUGUUAAUGCUGGGAUGUUAAUGUAAUGAUGCAAACAGUAUCACACUAAGGAGUGACUUCAAAGCAAGACAGGAAUGGCUUGAUUUCUCACCCGGGAGAGCGGUGGGACAUUACUGUCUUCAUGUUUCUGUGGAAGAGAAGGAAAGUUUGCUGCGCUUCACUCGGAUACAAGUCUACUUUCUGAGAGGAAUUACUACAAUACUACAACUGCUGUGACUAUUUCUUAUACCAGUGGAAGAGCCCGCCAGUUUGUUGGUGUCGGCUCAUAAGCUGAUUAAAAUGUCUAAGCCUGUGCUAAAGAAAAACCACUGGACCUCCAGAGUGAACGAGUGCUCCGUCUCCAAAGAUGCCCGCGGUGACUUGAAUGUGCCACUGCGCGGCGGCGCGGAGAACGGGGAGUUUGCCUACAUUGGGCAAGUUAACAAGGAUGUUGUGCUUUACAAAAUGGGAAAAUUAAGUGAAGGAGAACUGCUGCUGGAGGUGGAAAACCUAUCGAUAUCGGGAUUACCCUUGUACGACAUACAGACAGUGAUAAAUAACUGCAAAGGGGCCGUCAGGUUGAAAACUGUCAGACAAGGAAGUAAGCUGAACAAGGACCUGAAGCAUUACCUGAGCCAGCGCUUCCAGAAAUCCUCGGCUGACCACGAACUGCAGCAGACCAUUCGAGACAACCUCUACCGCCACGCUGUGCCUUGUACAACCCGCGGCCCACGUGACAGAGAAGUUCCUGGCGUGGACUACAACUUCCUCUCAGUAGAGGAUUUCCUGGAGUUGGAGAAGAGUGGGACCCUUUUGGAAAUUGGAACGUAUGAUGGUAACUAUUAUGGGACGCCCAAGCCACCGGUGCAGCCCCCCGGUGGGAAAGUGAUUCGCAUUAGCGGUAGCGGCGGUGAUGCCCCACUGCCAGACGGGCUCAGCGGUAGCCUGCCGGGCUCUGAGCACUCCACUCCCCGACGCUCCAAGUCCUACAAUGACAUGCAAAAUGCUGGAAUAGGGCCUGGAGAGCAGCAGCAGGAGGAAGACGAGGACCUCCCGGACAUGAACAGCAGCUUUACAGGAGAUUCUAGUGAAUUAGACGAGAUUCCUCACUCAGUGCGCCCCUACGUCCCCCGGAGUGACCCGCCCUACGUUGGGAGAACCCCCUCACCAUCGGCCACCACGGAGAACACUCAGCAGUCCAACUCUAACCAGAGCCAUCCUCCCCCGGAGGACCCUCUGGGGACUCUGCCUGACAACUGGGAGAUGGCCUACACCGAGAACGGAGAGGUCUACUAUAUAGACCACAAUACAAAGACCACCUCCUGGAUAGACCCUCGGUGCAUGGACAAGCCUCAGAAACCCCUGGAAGAAUGUGAAGACGAUGAAGGGGUCCACACAGAGGAGCUGGACAAUGACUUAGAACUUCCACCAGGAUGGGAGAAAAUCGACGAUCCAGUGUAUGGGGUCUACUAUGUUGAUCAUAUCAACAGGAAGACCCAGUAUGAGAAUCCCAUGUUGGAGGCUAAGAGGCGCAGGCAGCUGGAGCAGCAGCCUCAGCAGCCUCAGCCCCAAAGCCAGCAGCCACCUGAAGGUGAGCGCUACAUCCGAGAAUGGAUCGAGGACUCGGCGUUGGCAGGGGCCCCGCUGGCCAACUACGCUGCCAACCACCAGGAGACCUACAGGGACCCCCAAACAGGACCACCAAUGCCCAACGCUGUGGGACAAAAGCGAGGGAAGCCUUUCUUUACUCGGAACCGAUCCGAGCUGAAUGGGACUUUCAUCAACACCAAGCUGAAAAAGAGUCGCCGGGGGUUCGGCUUCACCGUGGUCGGAGGCGACGAGCCGGACGAGUUCCUGCAGAUCAAGAGCCUAGUUUUAGAUGGACCUGCCGCCCUGGAUGGCAAAAUGGAGACAGGCGAUGUGAUAGUGAGUGUCAACGACAUCUGUGUGCUCGGCUACACCCACGCUCAAGUUGUGAAGAUCUUCCAGUCCAUCCCUAUCGGCUCCAUGGUGAACUUGGAGCUGUGCCGCGGCUACCCGCUGCCCUUUGACCCCGAUGACCCCAACACUAGCCUGGUCACCUCAGUGGCCAUUCUCGACAACAAAGACCCCAUCAUCGUCAACGGUCAGGAGGCCUUAAACAGCUACGACUCGCCGUCCAGCCACGGCAGUCAGAACAACAACGGCUCGACAAACGGAGGGGCGCCCCACAACGGCCUCCCCCGACCCUACAGCCCCUCCGCGGACGUGGCCUCCGAUACCUCUUCCCAUCAAGGCUACCCCAACGACGUGGUCACCCUGGCCUCCUCCAUCGCCACGCAACCAGAACUCAUCACUGUACACAUGGAGAAAGGAGACAAGGGCUUCGGCUUCACCAUCGCCGACAGUCCAGGAGGCGGAGGGCAGAGGGUGAAGCAGAUCGUGGAUUACCCGCGCUGCCGUGGCCUCAAGGAGGGCGACAUCAUCGUGGAGGUCAACAAGAGAAACGUGCAGACCAUGUCUCACAACCAGGUGGUGGACAUGCUCAGCAAGUGUCCCAAAGGCAGCGAGGUCAGCAUGCUGGUGCAGAGAGGGGUGGCACCUGCAAAGAAGAGCCCGAAACUGCAAUUGUCGAGGAAAGACAGUCAGAACAGCUCCCAGCACAGCGUUUCCAGCCACCGGAGCGCCCACACAGACUCGCCUGUGCACCCGUCCCUGGCGGCCACUCUCAACGAGAGCAUCGCCCCCCCGCCCCCCUCUCAGCCCCUGCCGGGUCUGCCGCCCCAGGACUCCCCGGCAGACGGGACCAUCCAAAGAAAACCGGACCCCUUUAAGAUCUGGGCCCAGUCCAGGAGCAUGUAUGAAAGUAGGCUUCCAGACUUCCAAGAGCAGGACAUUUUCCUGUGGAGGAAGGACACAGGGUUCGGCUUCAGGAUCCUCGGAGGCAACGAGCCCGGGGAGCCGAUCUACAUCGGACACAUAGUGAAAUACGGCGCGGCAGACGAAGACGGGCGCCUGCGGUCCGGAGAUGAACUGGUAAGCGUGGACGGCACCGCAGUGGUUGGCAAGUCGCACCAACUGGUGGUGCAACUGAUGCAGCAGGCGGCAAAGCAGGGCCACGUCAACCUCACCGUGCGACGCAAAGCCACCUACACCGUUAAAGCAGAAGGAGACGUGCCACCCUCGCCGGCGUCCUCCCACCACAGCAGCAACCAGGCCCCCAGCCUGACGGAGGAGAUGGGGAAGCGCGACCCCCAGGGCAGCCAGAACUCUCUGAACACCGUGAGCUCCGGCAGCGGCUCCACCUCUGGCAUCGGCAGCGGGGGAGGCGGCGGAGGGGCGGGAGGCAGCGGUAACGCCGUCAUCGCCCCCUACGACGUGGAGAUCCGCCGCGGAGAGAGCGAAGGAUUCGGUUUCGUCAUCGUGUCUUCUGUGUCGCGGCCCGAAGCUGGCACCACCUUUGCUGGCAAUGCAUGUGUGGCCAUGCCCCACAAAAUAGGGCGCAUCAUCGAGGGGAGCCCGGCGGACCGCUGCGGGAAGCUGAAGGUCGGCGACCGCAUCCUGGCCGUGAACUCCUGCUCCAUCACCAACAAGUCCCACUCUGACAUCGUCAACCUCAUCAAGGAGGCCGGGAACACCGUCACACUACGCAUCAUCCCCGGGGACGAGUCAUCAAAUGCGUCUUUGUUGACCAAUGCGGAGAAGAUCGCCACUAUUACCACCACUCACACACCUCAGCAACAGGCUGCCCCUGAGGCCAGGAACAACACCAAGCCAAAACAGGAGUCGUUUGAAUUCAAAGCACCACAGGGUCCUCCUCCGCAGCCCCCCACACAAGUCUCAGCUCAGGAUUCUGAGUUCUACUCUGUGGACCUGGACCGAGACAACAAAGGCUUUGGCUUCAGCCUGCGGGGGGGCAGAGAAUACAACAUGGACCUGUAUGUGCUGAGGCUAGCUGAGGAAGGAGCGGCCGUCCGCAACGGAAAGAUGAGGGUCGGCGACGAAAUCCUGGAGAUCAACGGCGAGAGCACCAAGGGCAUGAAGCACGCGCGAGCCAUCGAGCUCAUCAAGAGCGGGGGCCGGCGCGUCCAUCUGGUGCUCAAGAGGGGUGAUGGCUCUGUGCCUGAAUAUGGGAUGGCUGUUCCCCAUCUCACUGCAUGUAUGAGAAAUGACAAGAUGGGGGAGGCCUCUGUCCUCCAGAAUCAGACCACGUCAACGGCCCCGACGACGUCAUCACAGCCUACCCAUCCUCAGGGUUACAAAACGCUGCGGAAGUGAGCGCCCUGACCAACGCUCCAUCAGAGUCCAGCUACCCACCAGAACCCCCUCAACCAUCCCGGAGCAAGAAGGAGCCGACCCGCCCCUCCAACCACCGCCACCGCUCCCCCAACAAGAAAACCAGCACAGUAAAGACCAAGGGGAAAAAGUCCAAGGGCAUCAAGUUGUUAAAGAAGAAAGAUGACAAGGGAAGCGACGGCCACCGGCACCAUUCCAACGGGAAACACCGUAGCCGCCACCGCUCGCCUGACAAGGUGCACAGCCGGUCACGCAGUGCAGAGAACACG